CGUUGUGUAUGUUUCUGUUGCUUAUUGCCAGUGUGUCCUUGGCUCCAUAGACAAGCAGCAGGUUAGCUAGAGAGCUACCACUGGAUUUGACAGCUAUAGGAAGCCGAAGCAAAGGGGAGCGGGAUCAUUUUCGUCAGCUAAAAACAUCGUCAUCCUCAAAAAGUCACAGAACUGAAGAUGGCUUUCUUGAUCAAGAGCAUGAUUGGGAACCCUCUGUCAGGAAUGGGUCUUGGUGGCGGAGGUGACAAAGAAGAGGAGGCCACCCCCUCAGAUCCAGCCAAAGCAGCAGGGAUGACACGCGAGGAGUAUGAAGAGUACCAAAAACAGUUGGUGGAGGAAAAGAUGGAGAGAGAUGCAGAUUUCUUACAUAAGAAGGCAGAGAGGGCAACACUGAGGGUGUGCCUCAGAGAAAAAUACCGUCUCCCAAAGAGUGAGCAGGAUGAGAACAUGAUUGAGAUGGCCGGGGACGACGUGGAUGUGCCCGAGGAGCUGCUCAAGAUGGUAGACGAGGAUGCUACAGAGGAGGAAGGCAAAGACUCCCUCCUGGGCCAAAUUCAAAACUUGCAGAACAUGGACAUGGACCAACUGAAGGAGAAGGCCUCGGCCACGGUCACCGAGCUGAAGAGCAAAGCAGAAGAGAAGUGCGCCGUCAUGUGAGCGACCAGGGAGAGCAUGUGUGUUUGCAAAGUCAGGAAGAAGAAGAGAGAAGAGCGGAACAAAUUUCACCACUUUCUGGGAAACAGCAGACCACGUCUGGGAUUCAGUCACAAUGUAAAAUGCCUACAAAGUAUUCAUUUUUCUUAUAAGGACUAAAAAGGCUUCACCAGGGUGUUAUAGCUUUGCCAUUACCAGUAUGCAUCUAUUUAAGAAUAUACUGUAAAAGCUUCCCUGUCAGCUGAUUACUCAGUGGGUAAUCAUUUACCACUUACCAUAUUAACAAAAAAAUACUGUUUUAAAUCAUGUCCUGGGUGUCCUACCUCUCCCACCAUUACUGUUUAGAAAAGUACAUUUUCCCGAGCCACUGUCACAAAGAAUUUCUUUUCAUAUCUUCUUCAUAUGGCCAAAGGCCAAAAUAAAUUUUGAAAUUCUUAUUUGUUAUAUAAUAUUGGCUUUUUUUUUCUGUCAAAAAUUAAGAAUGAUUAGUCUCUAAAGUUGUUUUUCAGUACAUAAAAUAAUUAACCAAGACUUAGAAAACCAAUCCUGUCUGAGUAUUUCAACUUUCCCUUUGGUUUCAUGGUGAUUCUAGAUUAUUAUUAUUAUUAUCAUUAUUAUUAUUAUUUUUUGUAUGUGGUGUUGAACUAAUUAAAUUUAGUCUUUUCUCUGUUGGUGUUACAACAAGUUUUGCCAUUAUAGUUGUAAUGAAAAAUGUUGUGUCUGAGACAUUUGCAGAUUUGCACAAACCGAAUACAUUAAAAACAGUGCACAUAAACACUUAAAACAUACAUGGUGGUACUUCACACUGAGAAAACUAAUAAAUUCUUCAAAUAAAGACGUGUGGAAUACAA